AAUGUACAUCCGGAAAUAGUAUGAUUCUUUCGGUAUCUUUACGUCAUUUGGACGUACAGUAUUGGCGUUUCUUCCAAUUGACUUCUGUUGUGGAGGAGGAAGGGGGUGGUUGGACCGGUUUACUUUUCAAUACUGGCGACUCUCUGUGCCGUUUAGAGCCAUGCCUCCAUCAGUAGCCCUGCAGGAGAUGAUUCGGGCCAUCAGGUCAGCCAGGACACAGUGUGAGGAGCGGGGAGUCAUCCAGAGGGAGUGUGCAGCAAUCCGGGCGCAGUUCAGACAAGCUGACAAUGGGGGCCGGUCGCACAACCUGGCAAAACUGCUCUACGUGCACAUGCUGGGCUACCCUGCUCACUUUGGUCAGAUGGAGUGUGUUAAGAUGAUAGCCAGCCCUCGCUACAGUGAGAAGCGUGUGGGAUACCUGGGAGCGAUGAUGCUGCUGGAUGAGAAGCAAGAUGCAAGUCUGCUCAUCACUAACUCCAUCAAAAAUGACCUGUCUCACAGUAACCAGUUCGUGCAGUCUCUUGCUCUGUGCACACUGGCCUGCAUGGGCUCAGCUGAGAUGUGCAGAGACCUGGCGCCAGAGAUUGACAACCUUCUGCGAGCCUCAAACUCCUAUAUUAAGAAGAAGGCUGCUCUGUGUGCAGUUCAUAUAGUGAGAAAGGUCCACGACCUGGGGGAGCUCUUUGCCCCUGCAUCUCGCUCCCUCCUUGCAGAGAUGAACCAUGGUGUAUUACACGGAGCUGUGGUGCUCAUCACACAGCUGUGUGAGCAGAACCCAAAAACACUGGAGCAUUUCAGAAAGACUGUACCAGAACUGAUUCAGAUCAUGAAAGGCUUGGUUAUAUCUGGCUAUUCUCCAGAGCACAAUGUGGCCGGAGUCAGUGAUCCCUUCCUACAGGUGUGCAUCUUAAGGUUGCUGAGAAUCCUUGGUCGCAACAGUGAAGCGGCCAGUGAAGCCAUGAGCGACCUUCUUGCCCAGGUAGCAACAAACACUGACAGCACUAAGACUGCGGGCAAUGCUGUGCUGUAUGAAACUGUUCUAACUGUGCUGGACAUCAAGUCAGAGAGCGGCCUCAGAGUUUUAGCUGUGAACAUUCUGGGUCGAUUUCUUCUAAACAAUGACAGGAACAUUCGGUAUAUCGCUAUGACUUCACUACAAAGGAUUGUUGGGACAGACCACAAUGCAGUGCAGCGCCACAGGGGAACUAUAGUGGACUGCUUGAAGGAUCAGGACACUUCUGUCAAGCGCCGUGCAUUGGAGCUCUCCUUGUGUCUGGUGUCAGCCUCCAACAUCCGCUCCAUGAUGAAGGAACUGCUCCGUUUCCUCUCCUCCUGCCCCCCUGAACUCAGGGCUCAAGCAGCCAGUGGCAUAUUCAACGCUUCAGAGAGGUAUGCUCCCUCCCAGCGUUGGCACAUUGACACCAUUCUGCAUGUCCUUACCACGGCAGGUGGUGACGUGAGAGAUGAAACUGUCCCCAACCUCAUCCAGCUCAUCACCAACACUUCAGAGCUGCAUUGUUACACUGUCCACAAGCUGUACAGGGCUUUGCUCAGUGACAUUUCUCAGCAAUCACUGGUGCAGGUGGCCUGCUGGUGCAUAGGAGAGUAUGGAGACCUGCUGCUGAGAGGAGAGUGUCAGGAGCUUGAGCCUGCAGAGGUGAAAGAGGAUGAUGUUCUGGAUGCCCUGGAAACGGUUCUACAAUCCCACAUGUCGUCCCCAGCAACUAGGGGCUUUGCACUCACUGCCACCAUGAAACUCAGCACACGCAUCACUGAUAAUGUGGAUCGCAUCAGGAGCAUUGUCAGCAUCUAUGGCAGCUGUAUAGAUGUGGAGCUCCAGCAGAGGGCAGUUGAGUACAAUGCUCUCUUCAAAAAAUAUGACCACAUGAGGACAGCAGUGUUGGAAAGGAUGCCUGUUAUUGAAAAGACGUCUUCAAGUCAUAUGGAUAGAGAUUCCACAGAGGUGACUUUUAAAGAGACCCAAGCAGCCAAACCCAAGCAGGGGGUUCAACCGCUGCUGCAGGAACCUGCUGACCAGGUGUGUGAUCUUUUGGACCUGCUGAGUGGCUCUGAGUCUCUGCAGCCACAUCCAGCACAUGACAGCAAAGCACCACACCUGGCCAUCAACGCCGCCAGCCCUGCAGGAGGAGACCUCCUGGAUCUGCUGGGAGGAUUCGAGCCAGCACCCCUGGCACCAGCUCCCACACUUACAGUGUAUGAGAAAGGUGGCGUAACGUUGACGCUGAGUUGUGAGAGACAGUCAGACUCAAGCCUGACAGUCACACUGACCGCCUCCAACUCCACUGAGUCAGACAUCAGCACCUUCACCAUGCAAGCUGCUGUACCCAAGAGUGUUGACUUACACAUGAAGGCCCCCAGUGGGGACUGCCUUCCUGCACAUGGCACAACUAAGGUGACCCAGACGAUGGUCCUCAUCAACCCAAAUAAGGUGAACCUAAAAAUGAGGAUCCGCAUAUCUUACAAUAGUCUAGGAUCAGCCUUUCAAGACACAGUCCAGGUUAACUCCUUCCCAGAGCAUUGACAGUGGAGCAGAGGGCAAGGGGUCACAUUCAGUUUUGUCAGUUGUAUCUUCCUUUGGUAGUUUUUGUGUUCUUUUAGCAUUAACUUAAAAAAUACUCCAUGUGCACUCCAACUUAAAGGGUUUCCUUAAAUGUUCUUUAUCACUCCCUCAUCUUCUGUUCAUGAUGCCAACCUAUUCCAGCUGUCAUCUGGCAGAGAGGCGAUGCACCCUGGACAGGUUCCCCAUCCAUCACGGGGCCUUUUCUACCACUUUGUCAAAAAGCAAUUACUUAACCACUUCUUCUACUCCUCUUUUAUACUCAGUACACUUGAUUUUAUUGGAAGUGUGAUUUUAAGCUUGGAGCAUUGAAGAUAAUAAACACCACCUUGUGGGCUGCAUUAACUUGUUCAGUCAUUUAAUUUGCCUCAUUCUGCUGCACAGUUGAAUAUCGAUUUUUUAAAUGUGUGCCUUUUGUUCCCAUAAAAUAUUAUUUAUUUUAUGUUUGGGAAAUAUAAUCCUAUCCACUUUUGUAUAACAGGAACUGGUUUUAAAUGUAAGUAGUUUGGUUAUAUAAAUGUUUUUAUGUAAAACCUGA